GGGAUUUGGGAUACUCUCAUCUCCUUGGUCUGCACUUUUGAUUCUGAGUUGAUCACUCGUGGGCAUCGCAUUCUUUGACUCUCAACUCUAUAUUGCGGAAUGAACGUACUGCCCUAUUUCCGAAACUAGGUGGGCCCUCCAACUACUUUCCACGUGGCUGACAUCUUCUGUCCGUGCCUGAGAAACUGUCAGUGGUCAGUGCCUGACAUAGCAGGCCCCGCGACUGUAGAUUGUCGCUUUCAAUGAGCUCGAUCUUGCGUUAUUCGAGCUCCGAUACGGGAACCUAUCGAUUGCCAAUGUUACCGUGCCAUUCGUUAGUGGAGGUGUCGUUAGUUUGAUAUAACAGUCGCCUUGAGCUUCGAUCUACACCAAAAAAAUAACUACGUUGCGUACGCCCCAUGCAAGCUAAAGCCUCAACCAGCCCUCUGGGCGAUUCCAUCGAGCCGCGAACAGAGAACCUAGAGUAUGCGACUGAACAGAAAGAGAGCUUUGUGCCUCGGCGCGCAUUUGGAACUGCUGCGGAGCGCGCUCGUCGGAACCUGAAUGCCAAACUGGCGAACCCGCUUUCUGGAUACUCGCACGAAGAGCUGCGCAGGCAAGGGAUCAACUUCGCGAUUACUCACCAGAUAGGCGAUGAGGGCGACAUCCGGGCUUUUGGCCUCGGGGCAAUGCUGGCCCAAGCGCCCGAGAAAUUUGAGAAUGUUCCCGGCCUGACUGUGCAAGAACUCGAGGUUCUGCGGCACGAGUUUGAGCACCGUUGGUCACAGCCCUGGACAAUGUACUUGGUGAUCAUACUGUGCUCUUUAUCAGCUGCUGUGCAGGGAAUGGAUGAAACCGUGGUAAACGGUGCGCAGAUCUUCUACAAGCAUCAAUUUGGCAUAGCAGACGAGAACAUCUCCAGACACAAUUGGAUUUCAGGAUUGGUCAAUGCCGCUCCUUAUCUAUGUUGCGCUAUCGUUGGUUGCUGGCUGACGGUCCCAUUCAAUUCUUGGUUUGGCCGACGAGGAACCAUUUUUAUAACUUGCAUCUUCUCGGCCACGACAUGUCUCUGGCAAGGAUGUUGCAGUACCUGGUGGUCUUUAUUUAUUGCGCGCUUCGCCCUUGGGUUUGGGAUAGGCCCAAAGUCCGCUACUGUACCAGUAUACGCAGCCGAAACAGCUCCUCCAGCCGUAAGAGGUGCUUUGGUGAUGCAAUGGCAAAUGUGGACUGCUUUUGGAAUUAUGUUUGGCUACGCCGCCGACUUGGCUUUCUUCCAGGUCCCUGAUUCAUCCGGCAUCGUGGGCCUUAACUGGCGUUUGAUGCUGGCCUCCGCCCUCGUCCCGGCAGUGAUCGUGUGCUGCUUCGUCUUCAUGUGCCCGGAGUCGCCCCGGUGGUAUAUGUCGCGGAAUCUAUAUGAUCGCGCGUACCAGUCAAUGUGCAGUUUGCGCUUCAACAAAGUCCAGGCAGCCCGGGAUAUGUACUACAUGUACACACUGCUAGAAGCCGAGAAGUCCAUGAAGUUAGGGCAGAACAAGCUGCUAGAACUGAUCAACGUCCCUCGUAACCGCCGGGCAAUGUUCGCUUCUGAGAUUGUCAUGUUUAUGCAGCAGUUCUGCGGCGUGAAUGUAUUAGCCUAUUACUCCUCCGAAAUCUUCCUCCAAACGGCUAGCGAGCACUCAAAGCUGACCGUCUCUAACCAACGCAAAGCCCUAACCGCGUCGCUUGGCUGGGGGCUCAUAAAUUGGCUCUUCGCAAUCCCCGCCGUCUACACAAUCGACACAUUUGGCCGGCGCAAUCUACUCUUGAGCACAUUCCCACUGAUGGCACUCUCCAUGUUCUUCACGGGGUUUAGCUUCUGGAUUCCGGAAGACACUGGGAAUAAUGCACGGCUUGGCUGCACUGCGCUGGGUACAUACCUCUUUGGCGUCUUUUACUCUGUCGGCGAGGGUCCAGUGCCUUUUACUUAUUCGGCAGAAGCAUACCCACUCUACGUCCGCUCGUACGGGAUGGCGCUUGCGACGGCCACAACUUGGCUCUUCAACUUCGUGCUCGCAAUCACGUGGCCGUCGCUGAGGAUUGCUUUCAAGGACCAGGGCGCAUUUAGUUGGUAUGCCGGGUGGUGCAUUGUCGGCUGGUGGAUGAUACUGAUGUUCAUGCCUGAGACUAAGGGCAAAACACUGGAGGAGUUGGACCAGGUGUUUUCUGUUUCAACAAGGUUCCAUGCAAGGUAUGGGCUGCGCCAGAUUCCAUUUUUCUUCAAGAGGUAUGUUUUCCGACAGAAAGUGCAGCCGGAAAUCCUAUAUGAAAGGGAUUAUUCGUUUGAGAAUCUGGCUGGGGGAGGGCUGGUUUGA